AUGAAAAGAUAUGAAAGCAUACAACGUAGCUUGCAAGACUGGGCGCUUGAAACGGCUGCGGGAAGAGGAAGCGUUCAGGACAUCAGACAGCAAGAAGCACAACACCUGCUGGUAAACCACCGAGAAUACCUUCAGUUGGUGACGUGUAGCUUUAGCCGGCGGGGUCGACCAUCAUACGCUUUGCGCACCGCCAAUCCUGCUCUGGCCCAAAAGAUGGAGGCCCUCUACAUCGCGCAGUUCAAGGCCCGGGGGCCGUGUAGUUUUGGUCGGCGGGGUCGAGCAGCGUACGCAUUGCGCACAGAAACCAAGGUGCAGCGUCUCUGUAACAUCGCUAACAUAUCCGCUGAUGUCGUGCUUCGCAACUACACCCUAACAGCCUACGAGCAUACUCCAUUUAAUUCUGUUGGCGCUAGGAGCUGUGCUCUCAACGAUGAAGAUUCUUGGAACUUGGGGCGCGGCGUCAAAAGUUCCCGCCUUCUGUCUGCGGAGCCAAGCCCACAAAUUCCCAUCGGGCCAGCAGACGCAAGCCGACACGCGAUGCUGGCAAUCGCAGCACGGCAGAUUUACGAUCGUGCUUACGGAAGCGGGUUUGUUCUUCCCCUGGAGGCGCGCGUUAAACCGCUAGCAACGCAAGGCCCCGGCGCGGCCGAAGAUACAACCAGCCAACUGCAGCCAGCUGGCGAAGCUCAAGAGCUCACCUCAGAGCCCGCAGUUGCCGACACAGCAGCCCUCAACGUCCAAGCCAUCAACAUGCAGCCCUUCGAAAUUACCGUACGGGACUUCCGAGGUCGCUUCCAUGCGGUGCGGGUUUGCGGUGGCACCAGUGUUUCUCAGCUCAAAGCGGGUAUCGCCGCCUCCCUGGGUUGUAGCGUGGUCAGCCACUGGCGUCUCAUGCACGAGGGGCGGCCGCUGGUCGAUGAACUGGAUUUGGCUGAUCACAGUAUCUCAGCCGGAGCUGUAGUGGAGGUCCAAAUGACGUCAAGGCUUCCAUUUCACCUGAAGACGAGGACAGGAGCCAUGAAUAGUGCCAUUGCUUUGGGUACGGGCAAGGACGGGGUCAACAGUACCAGCAGCAUGGCUGUUGGUGGUGGUGCUGGUGCUGGUGCUGCUGGCGGCGGCGCGGGUGCCGGUGCCAGAGCGGUAGUUGCAACAGCGCCGAACUGCAGCGCGGCAUGGGCUGGUCCGGCUGUGAAGGGCGCCGGUGCCGUACAGCAGGUGGUUGUGCAGGUACUACUGCCGUGCGGCCGUGUCAUUCAAGUUUCCCGCAUUGCCUCGGAAGACGUGCAGCAUUUCCUACACCGAGUCCUGGAGAUGCAGAAGUCCUUACUGCAGGCGCCGCCGGGUAGCCCGCCGUCGCUGCUGCCACACGCAUCGCCAGAGGCGUUGCGAGGGCAGCUGCCUGCCUGCUCCAUAAAGAGGGGGCUUGGGCCAGCAGGGCUACUGUCAGGACUAGAGGCGCUUUCCAGGCGGCCGUCCUGUGGCCCUGCGAACGCCCGGCACGCAGUCCAGCAACAGCUGAAGGGAGGGGCCGUUGGCCAGAAGCUUCUGGUGCUGCUGCUGACGGCUGCGGCGGUUGUUGUGGCCAUGGCCGUGUUGUAG